AUGAGCGCAGACAUUCCCACAGUCGCUGAUCUCAAACAAGCUGUUGAGGCCGGACAACGGAUUACCCCAGCAGAUGUCUCAAUAAUUUCCCACGCCGAAAGCGUGUUGACUGGACGCGGCCCGCUCCGGGGUGGACCAGCUGCGACCGCCCAAAGCAUUGCGAUGAAACAAAUGAACUUCGAUGCCCAGCUAGACGAGAUAUCCCGCAAGCCGCACAGCCACAUAACACACGAAGAUGCACGCGAGAUGCAAGCCACAGAGGGCCGUGCAUUUGGUCGACCCCCCGGUCGAGGCUCCGUAUCGGAACAAAUACGCUCGAUCGCCGAUCGGAACGAAAUCCUCGGACUACCUGCUGUGCCGAUCGAAGUGCCGGUCUAUGUCACAAAAGACGACGCUCGAGAGGCCCAACGAGCUGAGUCGAUGCUGUACGGAGGACAGAUUCCCCGACAGGGCAUGGCCGCACAGAUGCAGAGCGCUGCGGAUAAGAUCGAGAACGUCAGGCGAGACGAGCCAUGGUAG